GACUGCUGCCGUCAACAAGUAAGUAGCACGGCAGCAUUGGGCGGCCGUCCCUGCUGGAGACACUCUUCCGUGGACCAGAUCAGUGACAAGGCACCCCCCAUCUCCCCUCCGAAGAGCAGCCAGACGGCGCGGACCGCAGCCCACGCAGCACUCCCGAUUCCGCCACCUCCAUUUCAGGCGAGAAAAGAGAGAGCGAUUGACCCAUUGCUGCCAGGCACGCCAUCUCUUCUGCAGGAUCAUCCACAAAGUGAGAGCCUCACCAGCACCAUGACGCUCCUGGCCUCUGAGAGAUCCAUCCUCAUCCGGAACAAGUUCCGUUCGGUCCUACAGCUCCGGAUGCAGCACCGCCAACAGCAGGGCGAGCCGGUAACCGACCCAGCCCUGAUGAAAACAAACUCGGGCUUCACUGGCGAGCGAGAUGGAGAGAAAGGCCGGACGGAUGACCUCCUCCGACAUAAGGUGGCGCAGAGACUGCCUCAGCCUGACAAUACACAUAAGGCCCCAGCAGAUGACCAUGGGGAGCUGAGACAGAAGAAAGCCAGGCUCGCCGAAGACCUCAGUGAAAAAAUUUUGAAAAGGCCAGGCCCCCUGGAGCUUGUGCAGAAGAACAUCCUACCCCUGGGAAGCACCGAGCUCAGCGAAGCUGUCACAGCUCGGAUUCAGCUGCCCCAACUGUCCACCGAGAGCUUUGAUGAUGAAAUCAGCAGCUCUCCUGCUUCAUCUCCCGAGCAGCCGCUGGGCUUUGCGUCUUCUCCGGAUCAAAGUGCUGACCAGCCAAUGAGAUCCAUCUCUCCAGUGUCCACUUCCUCCAGUGCAACUUCACCCACUUUUCAGUGCAGUUUAACCUUAUUGCCGCUAACGGAAAUCAGCAGCCAACCAAUCCCAAUGAGCGUGGCAGAAGCGGACCCCAUAGCAACGCCAGGGAUGACCGGUGGCAUCUUUCUGCCUGUACAGCCUGUGCCUCUUCUUUCCAAGGUCAAGCCACCUCGGCCCAAGAAACCAAAGGAGUCCAAGCCAAAGGUACGGCGGUUAAAGUAUCAUCAGUAUGUCCCCCCUGAUCAGAAGAGCUCCAGCGAAGCUGGCAAUGCCUCUGGAAACUCUCAAACAGCCACCACACUGGUUAUGGACCCAGCCUACUCACGCCUUCUCCAGCAGCAACAGGUCUUCCUUCAGCUACAGAUCCUCCAACAACAGCAGCAAGGGAGCACCACGCAACAGCUUUGUGUGCAGGGCAUUGGCAACAGUGGGGAUCAAGUUCUUGGCUUCACAGGUUCUUCUUCCACCGUCAGCCCUCCAUCUGUGAAAGUGAAGCCAAAAUGCUCUGCAAGCCCCCCAGGCUCCACCCACAAGCCAGAGCUCCUUCCUUCUAACCUGGAUGACCUUACGGUUUCAGAGCUACGGCAGCAGUUAAGGAAACGUGGCCUCCCUGUGUCCGGCACCAAACCCGCUCUGCUUGAGCGGCUGAAACCCUAUCAGAUCCAGUGGCCUUGUGCUCCUCCAGCUCCCCUGCGGGGUGCACCCAUUUUGGUGCCAAGUGCAACACUGACUUCUCCCAUUGACUCCACACAGUCUGGAGUGAGCACCUUCAUCACCCCGGCUGAUGGCUCCACACCUGUUAACAGCACUUUCCUCGUCAAGACCAACUUGAAGGCCACUGGAGGGCAAUUUUCAGCCCCGUCUGGAACAGCGGUGACCUCUGCUUUUCUAAACCAGGAGAAUCCUUUUCCAGCAGGUGGUGCCACUGUGUUUGUAAAGCCAGAGGGUGGAUUCCUGUCUAGCAGCUCCAGCACACCUCUUGGUGGCCAAUUCCUUGGACACACCGACAGGGGUCCAUUCUUGACCCCUGCCAGUGACACUGGGCAGUCUGCCACUCCCACAGCCACCGCCCCAGAGAGCUCAUCUAGAGAGGAAGUGCGGAUAGCUCAGGAGAGAAAGCUCCCUGAGUGCAACGUGCCCUCUUGGGACAUUCCAGUGGACUGGAGGCGGGCAGAGGACAUGCGAGUGGAGAUGGAGAUGCAGCAGCGGCUGAAAAACCGACAUCGGGAGCGUGGGGCCUCACUCGGACCCUCUCAGCACAGGCUGCCUGCCACGGCCACUGGUGCUACUCAGCACAUUCAGCUGGAGUUCCAGCCGGGAGAUGGUGAGAAGAGCCCUCAGGAUUCACCAGUGCUUCCUGUCCCACCAACGAGCUGUGCUUUCUCUCCGCCAGUCUCUCCUCCUCUUGCCCUUCAGACCACCGAGUCUGGACUUCAUCCUUUCCUGCAGCGUGACAGUAGCAGUGGUGUCGGAGGGAAUUGUGCCCCCGCCGGAGAGCAACAGACUGAACAUUACACCACUCAGGUGUUCUGUUCCCAGCCCUGUGAACCAAUUGGACAAGAUUUCGAAUUACCUAUGGAGAUCACGGCUAGCCCACCACAGCCACUCCCGGCAGCACGCACAUUGGAGGAGGAGCUGCAGGAAGCCAUCCAAAGAGUGCAGAUGGCACCCAGCCAGUCGAUUGAUGACAUUUUGGAUGAGCCCCUUAGUUGCUCAGACUCAUCGCUGGCAGAACAUGAGGCCUCGCAGCUCAUCACUGUGCCCCUUCUUGCACACUCACCUCCACCUCCACCGUCUCAGCCCGCACUUCACGAGGAUGCCAAUUUUCUUACAGAGCCUCUCUGCCCUUCUUUGUCCUUGGAACUGCCUGACUCUCCCCCACCUCCUAUGGUCUCCCCACCCAGUGCCUCUUCAGUGAUGGACAUCUUAUCCUCCCACAAGGGCUGCCAAGAAGCAAUGACCUUUGACCCAGCAGACUGGCUAGAAGCUCUGACUUUUGGCCUUCGACCGAACAGUCCACCAGUGCCACCUUUUGUCAGCACAGACUUUGGCCUGGAUUCGGACAUUAGCACAAUGAGGGUAUUAGAUCUCAUUAUUGAGCAGUGGUGAUUCAGAGAGCAGAGGGCAGGGGUCAUUGUAUAUAUUGUUGUGUAUUUAGGCAGAACCCCUCACUGAGGGUCUUUGUCAUGAGUCAGAGUCUCAGUCGCUCCUUCACCCUGCCAAUCUAAUCACCAUUGUGUCAUUAAAGUAGAGUUACAAAACAUGAGGAACUUUGGUACCCACCACCCUACACAUGCCGCCUACUCCCUGCCUGGGCACACUCCCUGUCCACCUGCUGUGUGCUUACAGACACUCAUUGGGACCCAGCAGGAAGUUCUUGGCCCUAUGACAGAAAACACUUGUCAUCCUGACCAUCUAGGGACUCUAUUGCCAGGUACCAACUGCUUGCAGUUUGAACGACUGGCUAUUUAGUCAAUUUAAUUUAAGUGAUUAUUGAGCUGUAAUAAGAUAAGUUAAA